AUGGACAACACCAACGCCACAAAACCAUGCCAUACCUGUCGACGCCGUCGAGUAAAAUGCGACCAGACCAAACCACACUGUCGAAAAUGUGUUUCCAAUGGCCUUGAGUGCCUUGGAUAUGGGAAACUGAUUCUUUUCGUGGGAGGUGUUGCCAGUCGGGGCAAGAUGAUGGGGAAGACGUUCAGCGAAAGAUCGUGCAGGUUAGAAGCGGAACCACCAGCUGCUUCCAGGACACAAAGCCAGGCAGACAUGACAAACGACCUUGAGCCCCUGGACUGUCGCAGCAAGAGUGGAUUGCUCUCAUUCAGCCCUCUGGAUCCCUGGCUGCAAGGGCUGGACCACUGUACCCGACACUACCUGAGUCACUUCCUCGUCCAUGUCAGCAACGAUCUAGUUGUCUACAACUAUCCGGCUCAAAAACAGAAUCCCAUUGGACUUCUACUUGGAUUUGCCGGUGCUGAACAAAACUCGGCUCUCUUCAAUACUGUCGUCUCCAUGUCUGCCCACCAUCUGUACAAUCUUUUGUCGAGGCCAGGGACGCCGAACGCUCAGAAGUAUCACGUUGAUGCGCUUCGUUUCAAAGGAAGAGCUUUGCAGCUAUUAAGCCAGGAGAUCAGCAAUGUUAGCCCCUCCAAGUACACCACAUUGCUGGCUUCCUCGAUGCUUCUUUGUGACCUUGCUCAUCUGGGAUCGGGCGAUGAUACAUGGCGCAUCCAUCUUGGAGCCGCCACUCGACUGGUUCGGCUCAUAACUUCCCGCAUGUCAGAUUCGUUGGCUGUUGAGGAGAUGCAAAUGAGCGGUGACGAAAAGUCAUUUUGCUCCUGGAUUAUCUCGCGUAUCAUUCUCCAGGACAUGUUCGGCUCCUCACUCUCCACCACAACAGCAAGCUGGAGUUGCCAGGAGCUAUGCGGAAUGGAUCGUGCACUAAGGCUUGCGGAGGUUGACCACUACUCAUCGUGUCCGUCACAGAUCUCGCAGCUGAUUAUAGCUGCAUCGUCUUAUCAUGAUGUGCAGAAUCUCGCGCCCUCUUGCUGUUCCGAAUUUGCAACCGCGCAGUGCAUACUCUUGUCUUUACAAUGCUUUGACCCGACAAGCUGGGCGUCCGACCUUCAAUCCCUGACGCCAGCGGCUGAUGACUUUGCAGAGAGAUAUCACGUCGGGUCAGCCUACAAAGCGGCUGCAGCCCUCUACGUUUCCCAGAUCAUCUCCGAGUCCCAUGGAUAUGCCUGCGACCACCUCCCAACUCCGGAACAGCGACACGAACUAGUUGAUACUAUCUUGCAGCACGUGUCGCAGAUACCCCGCGACAAUCCUUUAUUCAAGUCGACCAUCUGGCCGAUUCUCAUUGCUGGUGCAGAAACUACAAAUCCACACGAUCGCGCAAAGGUCUUGCUACAUUGGAAAGAGCUGUCAAGGGUCGUUCCAUGGCAGUCUACUGUCAAGGCAGAACAAGCCCUCAAGGAAAUAUGGACGCGGAUCGAUGCUGCUUCCUUGACCACAGAAUCAGAGUCGGCACCAGCCAGUCGACAGAAAUGGCUCGCUGAAUUCCAGACCAUCGGUGCUUCUAUCUAUCCAGCCUGA